GCGUAGCAGGUUUAUGGGAGUUUCUUUUUUAAUCAAACUGAUUGGAGCUCUGCUGGCCUAUAAAAUAUGGGACUGCAGAUGGAGAGGUCAGAAGCAAAGUAUCAAAACUACAGUUCGAUCCAUUCUCCAGGGUCACUGCUGCCUCUGUGCCCCCAUUUAUAAGUUUAUAUACACUGGGGGGUGGUGGUGCCCCCAUGGUUGAAAUUGCAUCGCUGGAUUUGUUGUCCCUCGUCCUCCACAGUGUCCUGUGAAGCCAUGGCCUCCGGUCUUCCCCUCCUCCUGCUGGUCCUGUGCAGUCUGACUGCGGCCGAAGCUUGGCUGAGGUUGUACAACCUGCGGGCCCGCGGUCUUGACGCUGACACUUUUUCAGCCGCAGAUGGCUACGUUAAGGUGAUCAUCUACGGCUCUGCCCAUCUUGGCAUGACAUCCGUCAAAAUCCACAACCGAAACCCCUUUUGGACCGAGGAGUUCUCCUACUUCGAUGCCUCGGAGAAUGACAUCCUGAGGCUCGAGGUGUUCGACAGGGACCUCAUCUACGACGACCUGCUGGGAGUCUGCCAGAGACGGAUCAAAGUCGGAACCCAUCAGCACGACUGCUGCCUGGAGGAAGGCGGAACGCUCUAUUACACAUAUACCCUUGGUGGUCAAUAGGCUCGCUUAGAUGUGUGAGAAACAGACUGAAAACAUGCCAAGAUCAUUUUGCAGAAAUAGAAAUAGCGGGAAAGAAAACAGAAGAAAUAGCAGCUGAAAGAGUAGCUUGAAAGGGGCUUUUAUUGAAUUUAGAAAAUAACUAUAAAACCCCUUCUGUAUUCCCGAUAUCUUUGAUCACCCUACUUAUCCUUUUACUUUGAUCACAUGAUCUUGACGCUGACACUUUUUCAGCCACAGACGGCUACGUCAAGGUGUUCUGUGGCUCUGCCAAACUGGGUGAGACGUCCGUCAACCACAACAACGCAAACCCCUGGUGGACGGAGGAGUUCAGCCACUUCAAGGCCCAGGAGAAUGGCGUCCUGCGGCUCGAGGUGCACGACGAAGACAUCUUCUACGACGACCUGCUGGGAGUCUGCCAGUGUCAAAUCAAAGUGGGCACCCAUGAGCACAACUGCUACCUGAAGGAGGGCGGCACCCUCCAUUACAUGUACACCUUCAGCAUGUAGAAAUGUAUCAUGUGUGGAUACAUCUGACCUUAAGUCUUUACAUGCAACCUGCAUCUGUCAGACUGGCUCUGAGGAAUGUAUGAUACUCACUCACACUCAAUAACUCCGUCAUUUACCUUUAUUCUGGUGCCUGUGUCCCACUUUAUCACUGGCUAUUAUUUUACCGCCUUUUCCAAGGUUGACAAUGAAAAAUAAACCGUGCUGCAACAACCA